GACCUGUAAAAAUUAAUAUUAUUAAUGUUUUGUUACACACAUCUUAAAAUGUUUGAAUUAAUAUAUGAAGAUAUUGAACCAGUCAACAAUCCUGGGUGUCAUCUUGACGUGAAAAUUUUAACAUUAAAAAACAUACAACAAUUUUGCAUACUGUUGCCACGUCAAGAUUACUGUCCCCGAACCAUGUACCUGCUUUCGCACUUUUAUCUGUAUCGCACUGUUUUAAUACACGUUUCUUAUGUACAUUUUUUACAUAGUACCGUUUUCUACAUCGAUAUAUUAAUCUUUCUUCAUUUAGAUUAAUAUCAUUGUCACAUUUUGCACACUUAAUUGUAGCUGCCAACACACCAUGCUGAAUUAAAAAAUCUAUUAGCUUCGCAUUACAUUCACUCAAAUGUCCAAAUUGUAAGGAGCUUAACAUUGUGCUGAGCUGAAUAAUAUUAAUGUUACUACAAUUAUGUAGCACUUCAUUUGUUUUUGCAUCGUACAUUUCAAAUUUCGUGCACUCAAGCAUGCGCACGUAGCCACUGAACAUGCACGUGACCACAGAGCAUGCACAUAACUGAUCUGUUCUUUUUAGCUGCACUGCGGAACUAGUGCAAUAAGUUAGAAUGAGACAACUAUAUUUUUUCUCACUUUAACUUAUUGCACCAGUUCAGUAGUGCAGCUGAAAAGAACAGACCAAACAUCGCGGGACAUGUAUCUGUCGAAGCAUUUUGUCAAUGUAACAGAUUUUCUAACCUAAAUUGCCGUUAACUUUAACAAUUAAUAUCUCGCUCCACAAGACAGAGCGACAAUUUUUUCAAAUAGAAAAGUUGUUUCUCUUGCAAAAACGCGUUGAUUAAAUAUUUUUUCAUCGAUAUCGGAGGUGAUAAGGAUAUAAUUGAUAAGCAUACAUCAUCCUGCAAGUACACUAGAGAAAUGGAUCUUGGAAUGGACUAUGUCGGAAGCCACAUGGCCAGACUCAUUAGGAAGAAACAAGAUGCUAUAACAGACAAUAAUCUCCGACAAUUGAUGGAAGUCGCGAAAACCCUUGGUGACAUAUAUUUUGAGAAAGAGCAACCAGAGAAGGCUUUGCAGGAAUAUAAAUUACAACUAUGUGUUUGUGGAGAUCUCAAAGAAGAGUUAAGCUGUGCAAUAGCACACAGAAUGAUAGGAGAAGUUCAUGUGACCUUGGGAGAUUACAAACAAGCUCUGAUACAUCAAAAUCUGUACUUGGAAGGUGCCAAGAAUAUGAAGAACCUAAUAGAAGAGCAACGUGCGUUUGCCACUUUAGGACGGACUCAUUUCUGUCUAGCUGAGAGCCUACUGGAUCAACCACUGCAACGGGACGAGGCUUUAGCGAAUGCAAAAACUGCUUACGUAAAGAGCAUGGAGCUGUGUGACCAAUUAACAAGUACAGAUGUCAAGUUGGACGAAAGAACACUGAUGCGGGCGAGAUUGCUGCUGAAUCUAGGGCUAACGCUGGAAGCGCAGAAGGAGACACAGCAGGCGAUUGAUCUGAUCAAGCAAGCCACUGAACUGUGCGUAUCUAACAAUUUUCAAGAAGACCUGCACCGAGCAUGCAUCUCUUUGGCAGGCAUAUACGAGCGGCAAGGCGAUCUCGAACUGGCAUUGAACUAUAUCGAGACCGCGACUGCGGUGAACGACGUGUAUCUGAAAGCCAAAGCGAAGCUGAUCAAGGCCGAAACGCUCAUGCAGUCAGGCCAAUGGAUGAGAACGCGCAAAGUGCUAGUCUCCUUGUACGUGGGUAGGCAUAGUGGACUGCCGAAGAACAUCAUUCGUCAAGCGGAGAAGUACUUGAGAAUCGUCGUGACCCUGUGCCGAACGGAGAACAGCCUCCUCGUCGAGAAGGAUGCACGAGUCAAGCAGAAGCUGUACGAGACGUUGGGCGACGCAGCAGUGGCCGCGCAGUGUUUCAACAAAGGCGUUGAAUAUUACCAGCACAUGCUGACUUACGCAGAGGAAACGGGCGAACAGAUAGACGUCGCCCUGACGAGCUUGGCGCAAACGCUCAAGGAUGCGGGCCGAUGCGAGGAAGCGCUACCCUUCGCACGACGGGAAUACCAGUUCAAUGCCAACAACCCGCGAGAACGAUGCCAAUCGGCGCUCUUCUUGGCGGACCUACUGGCGACGACCAACAACGGCGGCGACCUAACGGCGGAGAUCCAGGAGUUGUGCACUGAGGCGUUGCGCUCGGCGGAGAAGUGCAACGACGCGGAGCUGCGGAAGUCCAUUGCGAAGGAGGUCGUCGCUUACCUGGAGAAUAUAGGCCGAUUUGACGAGGCGGAGAACGUACGACAGACGGUAGGAUUGACGGCGACGGAGGCGUCGAGCGACACAGAAAGCGAAGGGAGAGAUGAGAGCGACAAGAUUGGCGCGGACAUCUGCCUGGAGGACUUGUCCGACGUAGAAGCUGAAGAGAAGAAAGUAAUAACGACAAGCAAGGCUUGCCAAAGGAGAAGGAAACAGCGAGCGCCAGCGAUCAAGCGAAACAAAUUGGGCGAGACGCGGUUGCACAGAGCGUGCAUCAAAGGCGACGUCAACGCCGUUGAGAAACUCUUGUCAUCCGGCCACUCAAUGAACGUCAGAGAUCACUGCGGAUGGUCGCCGCUUCACGAAGCCGCGAAUCAUGGCCACGUGAAGGUCGUGGAAAUGCUGCUGAAACACGGUGCCAACGUGAACGACCCGGGCGGCGCAUCCUGCGGAGGCAUUACGCCGCUCCACGACGCCGCGUGCUGCGGACAUUUCUCUGUGAUGCAGCUGCUGAUGCAAUACAACGCGAACCUGACGCUCAAGACCCACGCCGGCGACACGGUGUUGGAUUACCUGGAGAGCUGGAAGAAGCGUGUGAAAGCCAAUCUGAGUCCCGAAGACCUGGUAGAGUACGAGACGAUGCACAAGAAGCUCUCCGCUGUGAUCGUCACGUCAGAGAGAAGGAGGAGAAGUCCCGAAUGUUUGUGGACGUCGGACAAGAAGCUCGUGCAGCCCGAGGUCCAGAAGAUAUCACCUGGUGAGGAUUACAAAAGAACGAUAGCCAGUUUGAGGACCUUCAACAAAACCAUCAAGAUCAACGCAGAGUCCAGCAAGAGUGCCAACAAGAUGUGCACGCCUCUAAUCAACGAGGAGCAGGUUCUCAUUGACGAUUGGCUCGAAGACGACAUCACAGUCGAGAGCACAGUUAAGAAGAGAUCCACGUCGACUAGACACGUCGCCGCGAAGAAGAGAAAGUCCUUCACUGGUGACAGUGAAGAAAGCAUCUCGAAGAGACUGAAGGGAUUGAACAGUACCGUCGAAAGCAAGGAGGAUCUCGGCAACAUGAGCGACGAGAGUUUUGAUAGCAUGAGCGGCGAGAGUUCCGGUAGCAUAAGCGACGAGAGUUCCGGCAGCAAGAACGACGGGAGUAACGGCAGGAUUACAAUGGUUGAAAUACAUAAGCAGCAGACCAAGAAGAAACGACAAGCGUCUCUGUUGUCGAAUGGGUUUACCAUAUCUCGUACACCAUCCCCGAUGUACGACGACGACGACGACGACGACGACGACGACGACGACUCGCAGUCAUCCCAGCACACAUUACCGAGCUCAGAGCGAUACAGUAAAGAACAAAUAUGGCUGAAGAUGCUCGUGAAAGACGAAUUGCUCACUUUCGACGUAGACAUUUGCGAAAACAAGGAAGAGUUGCUGACGCGCAUUGUGAAUACGGCCGAAUGCGAGUUUUUCAACGAGACCGGUUGCGUAGCGAAAUUAACGUUGCAGCCGUUAAAUGGUAAUGUCGAGACAAAGGAAAGUAUGUUGAAAACUAUAAAAAAGGCCCCUAGAUUGGAAUGCGAGAUAAUCGAACUACAAGUUCCACCCAUCCACGAGCGGUACAAAACUCUAUGCUGCAUCAGGAAAGCAACUCCCUGCGAGGACACGCUUAAAGGUCUCAAAUCCUGUGAAAAUACGUCCUCGUUUCGUGCGAAACUUGACGGCAUGCUCGAGAAGUCGCUUGAACCGUUACUGAAGACUCUGAAAUAUGAAACGAACCUCAAACUGUUACAGUUGUCAGGCAUCGAUUUUUCGAAAUUUGAGAUAGGGGCUUUGCAACAGUGCCUUUCGAAUCUCUCGUCUCUGCAAGAACUCUACUUAAAAGGCUGCAACAUCCAUUACGGUUAUUUGCGCGAAAUACGUACGUUGCCGUCUCAGUUGCGAGUCUUAGACUUGAGUUACAAUCCGUUGAGCUCGAAGAGUCACAAAACAUUGCAGAAAUUAAUCGCACCUCUAAGAUAUCUGCAAACUCUCGACUUGUGUUAUUGCGAACUGGAAGAAUUUCUCUUGCCGCUUGACAGUCCCAAUCUGACGAGUGUCGACAUUUCGUGGAAUAAAUUAAGCUGCGAAUCGAUAACUUCUUUCUUGGACAAGCAACUGUUUGAGUUGAAAUUAUCUAAUACUUUGUCUUCUCACAGUCAUCUCACCUCUUGUCUAGAUGGACUGAACACGGUUCUAUCACUGAACUUAGAAUCGCUGGAACUUUCGUUCUGUGACAUAAAAGAUUCCGAUGUAGAGUAUAUUUUAACACAACUGCCUAGAUUGUCAAGACUGGAAUUAAGGGGGAACAAGAAUGUGACUGUGUCGUCCGCAAAUAUGUUACUGAGUCGUAAUCCCACGUUAGCUUAUAUCGAUAUUAGUGGUUGCGACAAUAUAGCGAGUAUUCCGGAAAUAGGAGUAGUUAUAGGAAAUCCUAAAAUUUGUACAUUCCUCGCUAGCAUAGAGUCUAAGUUUUGUGACUCUUGGCUUAAACUGUGGCGUGGCAUAGCUACCGUAAUAAAACUACCUCAUAACUUCACAAUUUUCAAACCAAUAUAACUUUUUAUAAAAAUUUACAGAAAAUUCUCAAAGCCUAAUUUACUUUUGAUACACAAAAAUAUUUUUAUUUAUAUAACUAAUAUUGUGUUUAUAAUCUGUAUUAUCUGAGAUGCAAAAAGAAUAAAUUUU